AUGGAGAGCAAAGGGUCACCACGCAAAGGUACGUUGUCAUUCCUGCUGCUGUUGGUGUCAAACUUGCUUUUGUGCAAGAAUGUGGCCUCCCUGCCUAUCUGUCCCAAAGGGGCUGUCAACUGCCAGGUGUCGCUCCGAGACCUGUUUGACCGGGCUGUCAUCCUAUCUCACUACAUCCAUAACCUCUCUUCAGAAAUGUUCAAUGAAUUUGAUAAACGAUAUGCUCAGGGCCGAGGGUUCAUUACCAAGGCCAUCAACAGCUGCCACACUUCUUCCCUGUCCACUCCAGAAGACAAGGAGCAAGCCCAGCAGAUCCAUCCCCAACACCUUUUGAACAUGAUACGCAGCAUACUGCUCUCCUGGAACGACCCACUCUACCACCUUGUGACUGAAGUGCGCGGGAUGCAGGAAGCCCCAGACACCAUCCUGUCGAGGGCCAUAGAGAUUGAGGAACAAAAUAAGCGACUCCUAGAGGGCAUGGAAAAGAUUGUUGGCCAGGUUCAUCCUGGAGUCAGAGAAAAUGAGAUCUUCUCUGAGUGGUCUGGACUCUCAUCCUUGCAGUUGGCUGACGAAGAUGCUCGCCUUUUUGCUUUCUAUAACCUGCUCCAUUGCCUACGCAGGGAUUCACAUAAGAUUGACAAUUACCUCAAGCUCCUGAAGUGCCGAAUCGUCUAUGACAGCAACUGCUGA